ACAGUGGCCCAAACCACCUUGAAGUGUGUGUGUCUGUGUGAGCGUGUGUGAGCGCAUGUGUGUGUGAUCGCUGUCUCAGAGAAACCUACUCUGCAAUACAUAAUCUACACUGAACAAAAACCGUGAAUGAUUGAGAAUCAGACCGAGCUCCUUUCUGUGAGACCUCGUCCCAUGCUCCUCCCUCCUCUCAGGGGAUGGCCAAGGUCCAGGAUGGACACACAAACACAUGUGACAGCCCUGUGAUGUUAGAAGAGAGCCAGGAUGGUAUGGACAGUGGUAGCCUGACUCCUGGCCCAGCUUCAGCUCGACAGGUCUGCAUUCAGCGCCACCCCAGCCAAGGCUUCGGAUUCAUAGCAGGCAGCCAGAGACCAGUCAUUGUACGCUCCGUCUCUGCAGACGGCCCGUCCAUCGGCAAGCUUCUACCUGGAGACCAGAUCCUGGCCAUCAAUGAGGAGGUGGUGAGCGAGGCUUCCCGGGAGAGAGUCAUAGACCUUGUAAGAUGCUGCAAAGACUCCAUAGUUCUCACUGUGCUGCAGCCUCACCAGUCACCGAAGUCAGCCUUUAUAAGUGCAGCUAAGAAGGCCCAUCUGAGAACCAACCCGCCCAAAGUGCGCUUUUCAGAACAAGUGUCCUUCAGUGACCCAGACUCAACAAUGCUAAAGGACGACUCUUUGCUACUCAUACCAAAUGUGCUGAAGGUGUUCCUGGAGAAUGGUCAGAUCAAGUCCUUUACGUUUGACAGCCGCACCACUGUCAGGGAUGUGAUCUCGUCCCUGCAGGACCGCCUGUCCCUGCGUUACAUCGAGCACUUUGCCUUGGUGCUGGAGUCAGGUGGGCUGGACCAGAACCAGAGACUACACCUGCUGCAGGAGAACCAGCCGCUCUCACAUGUGGUGCACAGGACGUAUUUCCAGGGGAUGAAGUGUCUCUUCCGCAUCUGUUUCUUCCCCAAGGACCCGGCAGACCUGCUCAGGAGGGACCCUGCAGCCUUCGAGUACCUCUACAUACAGAGUCGCAAUGACGUCAUCAAAGAGCGCUUCGGCAUGGACUGGAAGUCUGAUAUCACACUGCGGCUGGCGGCGCUUCAUAUCUACAUCACGGUGUCGUUGGCCAGACCCAAUCAGAAGAUCUCCCUCAAGAAUGUGGAGAAGGAGUGGGGUCUGGAACCCUUCCUACCCCUCACUCUGCUUCCCACCAUCAAGGAGAAGAAUGUGUGUAAGACCCUGUCACAGCUGCUCAAAACCUAUCAGCAUCCGCCUCCCUCCGGCAAUAAGGUCCCUCCUCUCCAGGGAAAGCUGCAGUACAUGCGUGUGCUCAACGAUCUUCCGCCCUUUGGAGGCUUGCUGUUCCACACCGUCGGACUAGAUGAGAAGCAGUCGGCCACUACGCUGCUGGUGGGUCCGCGGCACGGCAUCGGUCAUGUGAUCGACCUAAAGAACAACCUGACCACGGUUCUGACAGAGUUCAGUCGCGUUGCUAAGAUACAGCUGCACCGGGAGAACCAGGGCGUUGCCCGCGUAGAGGUGGCCAUACAUGAGGCCAAGCCUCUGGUCCUGUUGAUGGAGUGGCCUGAUGCCAGUAACUUCGCCUGUCUCAUCUCCGGCUACUACAAGCUGUUCGUGGACCCCAAACGAGCCAUCUACUACCGGACACCUGGUCAGUCUUAUAUGAUCAAGGCAGAUUACAGAGGUUCCCACCACGCCCACCCACGCUCUGGCGUCACAGCGGUGCCCAGUGGAGACCGACGAGGGGAUGAGAGGGAAAGAUCCCAUACGAGGGACCCAGGUUCCCAGUCUCAGAAGACAGCGACCGCCCCACUGCCCGCAGAGUCCCAACACCUGGGUCUAUGCCACGUCCAUCUCCGGGAGCCACAACAGCUGCAGGAGCUCCAAAUGCAGGCAGAACCCGAGCUCGACAUCAAUGAGAACUUAAUUUCCCAAGAGGUACCAGAGCGGCCCAGUGCCAAGUCUGACCCAAUCCCCCGGAGCACGGAGACGAUCGGCGAGAGGCCAGAGAACCCCGUCCAGGAGAGCUCAGUGGUCUUCAGGAGCAGAGCCCAAACCAUGGGGCAGUCCCAGCGAACUACACGGUUCUUCUGUGACUCCUGCAAGGCCGGGUUGAGGGCAGAGGGAGUGGCCUUAGACGGUGGAAGCAGCGGCGGCUCGUCGAAGCACUGCUCCAGCGCCUGUGCCUCCCGUGAUGCUGGUGCAGUAGACCUCAUGGCCCUGCCUCCGCCGGGGAACGAAGAGGAAGAGGAAGAAGAGGUGGAGGAAGUAGGAAGAAAGCUGCAGCCUCCUCCGCCAGCCAUUGCUGACCCUCCGCCUGGCUUCAGGGACAACAGCUCGGAUGAAGACGACUCCAAGAGAGGACGGAAGUCUCAACCAAACCCAAACUCCAUCCCCAGUCCAAGCACUACAACUGGGGCAACUGCAGGCAAGAGCUCUGCCAAGGAAGUGGUACCGGCUCCAGAGGAUGUCCCGGUGACGUUGAUAGACAACGUGGCCACCAGGACAGUACGGGACCAUGCCCAGGAGCUGGAUGAUGCUCUGGUGUCCACUCUGCAGGCACUGGAGGCCCUAGCUGCAUCAGAGGAUUUCCCCCAUCACCCCCAACAGCCAGCUCAGACCACAGGGUUGAUCGUGUUGGCGGCCAUUACGCCUGAGUCAUCGUUGGACUCAGGGCACGAGACCAACUCCUCAGAGCUGACAGACGUCUCAGAGAUGGUGUCGGCCAUGAAGCAGCACCAGAACCAGGCCUACCUGCUGGCCCACCAUAUCAACAAGGAGCGUAUCUUCAGUCGCAGGGACUUCCCCUUGGCCAUACCAGGCUGCACCACCCAGACUAUAGAGGGUGGUGCGUUCUCCAUGGGUCAGAUCCGCGGCAGCUGCCCCUCGAAGCCAGUGACCCUCAGUAAGACUGUUCCCCUAAAGCUCAGCCCUGCUAAGGAGACUGCCAGUCCAGGUCUCAGCUCAGUGAAGCAGGGGAGUAACGUUACCCAAGACCCAUCGCAGAGUGAACCGAGUGAAGGCAAGAAGGCAAAAUCAGAGCCUACCAAAGCGUGCACGCAAGACCGUCCUGCAAAGUCACCUGAGGAGCUGAAAGUGUCCGAUCCAGGGCAGGCACCCAAGGUCUGCAAGGAUCAAAGGUCACCCUGUUCUGCUGUGGGAAAACUAAGCCCCAAUCUCUCUGCGGGGAUCAAGGGGAAGAAGUCUGCGCCUCUGAGUCCGGACCCUACCAACAAAGCCUUACCUAUUCUAUUGGCUGUAGACAGAACUGCCUCCGCCAAGAUUUGCCCCACAAACAUGUGCCAAGAUGCCGAGACUGCCUCUAGCGAGACCAUCAAGCCUUCAAGCUCUAAUGACCUCCUGCCAGUUGAUGAUCUAUUCUGCACGUGCCCAGUGAGAGAACCCGGGCCACAGCUAAGACCGAAGGAUCCACAAUCCCAGAAGGUGGUGGUGUUCCAUUCCUCUUCCCCAACAGACGAUGAGCGUCUUCGGUCCAAAGGCCUCCAACUGGCUAGCAGCAAAGAGAUCACAGCGAGAGCAGCAGGAGGAGCAGGAGCAGACCCCGUCUUAGUCAAGCCCAGCCCCCAGGUUCCAAAAAAGUACACCCAGUCCCCACACAUACCUGUGAAAGCUGAGAGGAAGGAAGCAGCAGAGGCCAAGGCAGAGAGGUCCCAGGGUAAAGCUCAAGCUGAGCCACAGAAAUGCCCCUCGAAGACAUUGUCUAUCCUGGGAGACUCCACACACCCUACCUGCUCUGUGGACAAGGUCUCCACUUUUCCAUCUGCUGACAGCAAGAAGCAGGGUGGUGGUAAAGGGAAGGCCCAGCGUAGUGCCCCCUUCCUCAGUAUCAAGAACCUCCUGUCAGCCACGUUCCCAGCUCGGAUUCGUCGGGAGACUGACGAGCGCAGAGCCCAGCUCCAGAAGGUCCGGCAGUACGAGUUAGAGUUCCUGGAAGAACUUCUGAAGCCCAAGUCAUCCGGGGGAGAGUACCUACCCCAGGGGUCCUCACCAGUCCCCUCAGGCACCCCCUGUGCUUGCCAGCUCCGUACAAGUCCUGUGCUAAAAGCCCCUGGCAUCUCCCGAGAGCAACGCCGCAGCUGCGACUGCAAGAGGAUGUGCAGAGGCAUCCGACUGCCUGAUACACCGGUCGGCUCAACUGCGGAGCCACAGCAACAUAGAGGCAGAGAGAGAUCCCUCUCCAAGACCCCUCCAGCGACCUCCAAAACCCCUCACUCCCAGGGAGGUCCGAGGAGACCUCAGACCUUAGAGAUCAAAACCACCCGAAUCCGCUCAACCAGUCUGGAGUCACGGGAACCCAGGGGGGAGCAGGCUUCCUGCUUGCCCACCUGCACCUCUCGCACACCAGACUGCAUGGGUGCUCCGCAGUACAAGAAACUCCAGAGGCGGUAUAGCAUCGGGGAGGUGGACAACGCUGAAGGCACGCCACUGUACGCCGAGGUCAAACCCAAAGCCAAGAGCCUGGAGAAGGAGAUGGAGCGAGUGAGGGCCACAGGACUGAGGCUUCCAACGCCCGUGGAGCCUGUUCACAAUCAAACUCAAACCCACACGGCUGCUGCAGCGGCGAAGGGGAAGAAAGGAGUGUUCUUUGUCCAGGGAGAAGAGCUGCUGCGGGAGAGCAAAGAGGGGGCGCCGACUGAGAUGCUGCUGGGGCUGCCUAGCGAGGACAGUGACGACAGGGAGAAGUGCUGCUCCUUCUGUUUCUGCUACAGGAAAUGUGAGGAGGCGGACGAGAGCAGUGAGAAAGAAGAGCUUUCCUACUCCAUCCCCCUCCAGGUCCUGCCUGGGAUGCAGCUGGACUCUCAGACCUUGCCCGUCAUCAGCAAAACCCUCCAGGUUCUCCACGCUGAGGGCUGCAGCGGGGAGGAGGAAGAAAUAGAGGAAGAGGAAGAAGAAGAGGAACCGCAGACACAGGAGAUUGACCUCCGGGCCUGCGGGACUCUGGAGGGUAGCCUGGCGAGGGUCCAGUCUCUGCAAGGGCAAACGUUCAGCCUGCCGGACGGUUUCCUCAACGCCCAGCUGGAUGCUAAUGAGCUGCUAGCCAUCCUGCGACAGUGCGCUAACGUUCCCCAGGUGGAUAACGAAUCACGCCUCCAGCCAUCCCGGAUCGCCGAGUACAAACAGGAGCUGGCGGUGCGCUUCAAGGAGUUCAGGGCGGCGUGCAGACGGGUGGCGAGCGUCGAGAAGAGCCCCACGCGCAUGCUGAGCGUUGUUACGGCCAGCUUCCUGGUCCUCUGCGAACUGACUCAGACCUUCAUCAAGCUGGUUAGAGGGGUGCGUUCAGAGGCCCAAAGGCUGCAGCUGCUGCGGAAGGUUGAAGAGGUUGCUAUCAAUUACACUUUGUUGUUGCGUGCAGCCGAGGAUGCUAUGGGCCACUCCAGUAGUCUGCCUAACAAGAGCGUGAGUCCCCUAGUUACUACAACCACCACUAACAUGGGCUCCCUCUCGCGCCCAAUGAAAACCCUGCCCGCCCAGUAGAGACAAAGUUGGGGGAAGUGAGUGAAUAAUUAUUUAUGACAGUUGGGAGUGUGGGUGGCUGGGACCACACUCUCAACGCCCAUUAGUUAUUUAUUGUUUACAGGACAUGCAAUGAUCCAUCCAUCACAAUGCAACUGCUCCAUGAUGCGUUUCCAGGGGUUGUGGCAGUUGCAGAGUGGCCCUGUAGUGUUCUAGCAUAAAAGACAAACGCUUGGGCACCGCUGUACAAAAGGUGCAUGCACCUACACCUCUGAAACGCUGGGUGAAAAACAGGGCUAACCACUCCUCCAUGUCAACUCUCACAUUUCAAAGAUCCUUCUUAUUCUUUUCGAUGUAUAUUUGAGUUGUAUCUUUUUAGCAAAGUAUACCAUUUUGUGGAGAACAAAUAUAAUUAAAAUAAUAUCUAAAAUGAAUUUGAGUAUAACAAAUAUAAAGAGUAAUAUACCUGUAAUAAAUCUUAAGACAUUUUAAUGUGCUCUGGGCAAAAAUACCACAGAGAAUGUCAAAGUAGCGAAUUCUGUGAAUUAGGUAGUCCAAAGCCUAGGUAAGUAGUUGACGUGUUUGUUUGUUACAUUUCUAACUGUUGUCACAGAAUGAGUUCCUUUGGUCAUCUGGAAAGUAUCAUGACAUGCACCUCAACAAUAUCACAUACAUCACAUUCACAUUGUUGAAAAUGGUACCUCUGCGAGAUUGUAAAAUCCACACAUUUGAAUUGGGUUGCUAUAAAACAGACAUGGGGCCCAUUUACUCACCUGUAGAAUAACACCACAGGUUGGGGCAGAUGUAGCAGAAACGCUAACUCACUAGCGGCUAACCAAUCAGCUGGGUAGGAUCAAUGUUCUUCAUGAAGGAAGGCAGCCCCGCUCUACUGUAUAAAUUGUAGUAAACCUCACAUUGCUGUCUUGGUUUGAGACACACACACACAUACACACAGUAGACACACUCUCACACACAACAAUCACAGUCCACAUGAAAUCUGCACCUCGCCUCUUGUAAACGAGAUGAGGUAUAUGGGAGAUCCACUUUAGCAAGCUUAGCCUUAGACUGUUGCACAACCUUCAGCAUUUGCUCCUGCUCACACAUGAUCUAAGUUCAUGUUUUGUUUACAUUCAGCCUACUGAACAUCGAGCUAGAAAACAAAUGUCACAUCAUACACCUUCAGUUUUAUAAACUAUUUCAUCUUAUAAGACAUUCAAGUUGCUAUAUUAUUCUCUAAAAUAAUUUUACAGGAUUUUGUGUCACAAACAAUUCAAUGGGUUUAUACUUUUUGCUCUCUAUGUGCUGUUGUCCAUUGUGCAAUACAGGAGAUAUAUAUAUAAAUCACACAAUACAGGAGAUAUAUAUAAAUCACACACACAAAGUAGUUUUCUAUGUAUUUUAAUAAAACUGACACCUGUGUUUUCUGUCUGAAAACGGCUUCCUGUCUCAUCCUGUUGUCAAACCACGGAGAUCAAACAGCCUAUUGCUAACCUCAACCGAAACUGAAACUAUUCAGACUCUGACAUUAUGGUACUAUUCAUACCAUGUGUUUUCUUUCACUGCACUACUGUCUCGCAUGUUUCCCCAAUUCUACAUUUCUUCUUGACGAUACAAGAAGUAGAGCGGUCAAGAUACCAAUGGUGGUGGCAGAUUCAGUGUUACGACUAGUUUUAUUGAAGUGAGAAAGAAAGAAUAUACAUCCACAAAAAUAUGAGGAGGCUACUUACUGCAGUAAUGUUUUGAAAUGGAAAUUCUUUACGCGGAGUUGUAUUAUUCUACACUUGAGAUGUAAAUAUUGUAAAACGGUUGGAAUAUUUGUGAGCCAGGAAAACACUUUUAAAUUAUCCCACUAACUGACAAUGUGAAGAUUGGUUCCAAAUUCUUCACUGUUUUGUAAAAAAAAAAUAGAAAACAUGUCUGUACCGUAUAAUUUAUAGUAGUUAUGUUCCAUAGAAAACUAAUAGCAAAAACGUAUAUUUUAAGACUAUAUAAUGAGUAUAAAGCAUGGGACAUGUUUAUUUUUAUAAAAACGAAAUAUUUACAGUAUCAAACGGCAUUCUCUCAUCAUGACCACCUGGAAAUGUUUUCAAACAUUUUGUUUUUGACAUAAUGUUAAUAUAGAAAUAUUUUGUGUGGUUGUCAUUGUUGAGUUGCAUUGUUGCCAAACUGUGAAUAUGUCUCUGUUCCAUAACAUAAUGGACCUAUGUUCCAUGGCCUAUUCCAUUGUGUUUGUUGGCACUUAUUUAUUUACUUUUAUUUAUUUGUCAAUAAUCUUGUCUUCACUGUGUUCUUCUGUCUGUACAAUGUUUCUCAUGUUUUAAGAGCAAUAAAAUUAUAAU